AAAUGUUGAAAAUAAAAUAUUCAAUUUAUUUAGCUGUUUUAUUAUUAAACAUUAAAAUGAUCACUUCAUUGCCGUUCGAUGGACCAUGUCGCUACGAUUGUCUCGAUGACGAAAAGCGAUGUGCAACACUACACGAUGGAUCAAAACAAGAAUUUCCUGAGUGUUGGGUUGUUGACCCAGCUUGCAGAUGGUUUAAAGAUAUUAUAUCUUAUACGGAUGGACCUUGUUAUCAAUUAUUCCGUCCUCGGCCAUGGGGUCAUCAAUCCUUCCUUCCUCAACAAUGGGGUCCAUCAUUCCGUCCUCGACCAAGGGGUUAUCCAUCAUUUUUUGCACCAUUGCCAUUUUUUUAAGGAAUAUAUAAUAAUUUAAUUUAUUAUAUCAAAAUUAAUUUCGUUUAGAUAAAAGGCAACAAAUUUAA